AUGGGGCGAGCGCUGCAGGGCGGGCGCUUUGACCACGGCGACCGCCUGUUCCACUCGGUGGCCGCCACCUGGCAAAACUGCCUGGACAACACCGCGGACGUCAAGGAGCUCACCCCCGAGUUCUUCUACCAGCCCGAGUUCCUGCUCAACACCAACGGUUUCGACCUGGGGCGCAAGCAGGGCGGGGAGGCGCUAGGGGACGUCGAGCUGCCGCCGUGGGCCAAGGGCUCCGCCGACGAGUUUGUGCGGCUGCAGCGGGAGGCGCUGGAGGGUGAGCACGUGAGCCAGGACCUGCACCACUGGAUAGACCUGGUGUUUGGCUGCAAGCAACGCGGUGCGCCGAUGGUUGUUUAA